GGAGGAGGCGGGGGGAUGUCCUCGGCGGUCGGUCCCGCCCCCGUCCCGCCCCGCCGGCGGAAGGGAAGCGUGUCCGUGUUUCCGGGAGGUCGGGGGGGAGCGGCGGGCGCCGCCAGCGUGUCCCCGGGGCGGCGGGGCCGGGCGGGCGCCAUGGGCCCGGCCCGCCGCAGGGACGCGCUCCGGCUGCGCGGCGGAGGGUCCCCGCCGCUCCCGCGGCUCUUCCCCGGCCGUCUCUCCGCCUUCCCGCUGUUCCUCCUGGCGCUGCUCCUGGGCUUCGCUUCGCUGCUCUGGCUCCAGCUCAGCUGCUCGGGCGAGGGGCCGGUGCCCGACGGGCAGGACCGGGGGACUCCCCGCCAGCCCUGCCCGCCCCCCGCCCCGCUCCAGCCCGCCCGGGACGAGCCGUCGUGGGGCCCGCACCGGCUGGCGCUGCUGGUGCCCUUCCGAGAGCGCUUCGAGGAGCUCCUGGCCUUCGUGCCCUACAUGCACCGCUUCCUCAGCAAGAAGAAGAUCCGUCACCACAUCUUCAUCCUCAACCAAGUGGAUCAUUUCAGGUUUAACAGGGCAUCCCUGAUCAACGUGGGCUUCCUGGAGAGCGGCAACGACACUGACUACAUUGCGAUGCAUGACGUCGAUCUCCUGCCCCUCAACGAGCACCUGGACUACAGCUUCCCGGAGACAGGGCCCUUCCAUGUGGCAUCCCCAGAGCUGCACCCACUCUACCACUACACGACCUACGUGGGUGGCAUCCUGCUGCUCACCAAGCAGCACUACGAGUUGUGCAAUGGCAUGUCCAACCGCUUCUGGGGCUGGGGACGAGAGGACGACGAGUUUUAUCGACGUAUCAAAAGAGCUGGUCUCCAGGUUCGUCGUCCUUCUGGAAUCACAACUGGAUAUGAGACUUUCCAGCACCUGCAUGACCCAGCCUGGAGGAAGAGAGACCAGAAGCGCAUUGCUGCACAGAAGCAGGAGCAGUUUAAGGUGGAUCGGGAGGGAGGUUUGAACAACGUGAGGUACCGAAUCGAAUCACGGACUGAUCUGAGCGUGGCAGGAGCCCCUUGCACUGUCCUUAAUAUCUUGCUGGACUGUGACACAAAUGAGACCCCCUGGUGCACGUUUGGCUGAGCCCAUCCCCGUGUGUCAGUCGUGUGCGCUGUGCUGGUGCCAAGACUCCGAGGCUACCAUAGAGCUGGUUGGAGUAGGCAAGAUUUUGGCAGCAGAUGACUAUGGCAGUGCUGGUGAGACAUGGAGGAACAGACGAGGCUGAGAACUGGGUUUUGCUGGGACCAACAGAAGAGGCUGAGAGUGGGACUCGGUGGUGUUGCUGCUGGUGCUGGUGCUGCCUCCCAGAGCAGGCACAGGAGGAGGUUUUCCUGUGCUGGACAUGCCUGAGCUGCCACUCAGCUCAGAGGACAAUAAAGACCUGUCAGGGCAGUUGUGAGUUGUGAAUGCCCUGGGCUGUGCUGUA